AUGUACGGCGAUCUCUCGCCCUGGGCUGAACCCGCAUGGUACAACUCGUUGUCAUCGCCUUACUACAAUGAUUCCCAUCGUGCCUUGCGCAAUGCCAUUCGCACAUAUGUCGACGAGAAGAUCAUGCCAGAACAAGAAGAGUGGGAAGAGAAGGGAGAGGUCCCCGAAGAGGAGGCAAUGGCUUUUAUCCGAGCAGGCAUGGUGUUGCAGGACUUUCCCACGCAAUACCGCAAAGGUGCAGAUUUCCUGGGAGGUGUGAAGCCUGAAGAUUAUGACAUUUUCCACUUCAUCGUCUUGCAUGACGAAUUGGCUCGCGUUCACGCAGGUCCACUCUCAGGCUUGAGUGGCAGCUCUACAAUCGGAGCACCACCGGUCUUGACCCACGGUACCCAAAAGCAAAAGGACCAAUGGCUUCCAGGAAUCUUCACAGGCGAGACAAAGUUCUGUCUAGGUGCCACAGAAGCUUCAGGAGGUUCCGAUUUGGCCAACCUGAAGACAACGGCAAAGAAGACCGAGGAUGGCAAGUUCUACAUCGUCAACGGCACAAAAAAAUGGAUUACUGGUGCUCUCAAGUCGACACACAUGACUACGGCUGUACGUACCGGUGGCCCUGGUGUUGGCGGUGUUUCUGUCUUGGUUAUCCCCAUGGACUUGCCAGGAGUAACGGCAAAGAAGAUCUACAACAGCGGUAACAACGCCGGUGGCAGCGCAUGGGUAUUCAUGGAGAACGUAAAGGUGCCUGUGGAGAACCUUGUCGGCCAGGAGAACAACGGCUUCCCUGCACUAAUGGCUAACUUCAACAAGGAGAGACUUUUGAUCGCAGUGGCCAUGAACCGCAAGGCGAGAAUCUGUCUCUCUACCGCCCUCAACUACGCCCAGGAGCGUGAGACUUGGGGCAAACCCCUCUUCUCCAACCAAGUCAUUCGCCACAAGUUGACAAACGUAGCCAAGGAUAUCGAAGCCCACUUUGCCUGGAUUGAACAGAUCGGAUACCACAUCAAGGCCAAUGGCUGGACGGCCGAUGUUGCCAGCAGAAUUGCCAUGGCCAAGAUCUUUGGCGGUAGAAUGUUGGAGCUAGCAUGCCGUGAGGCCCAACAGGUCAUGGGUGGUGCUGGAUACCAGAAGGGCGGUGUUGGUUCCUAUGUUGAGCAGGUCAGUCGUGAUCUUCGUGUUUUGGUUGUUGGUGGUGGUAGUGAAGAGAUUAUUGGUGAUCUGGCUGUGAGACAGGAACUGGCACUUACCAAGAGAAAGGAGAAGGCUGUGGCUAAGCUUUAA